AUGACACUGCAAGCGAUGAGGUUCCUAAUUUUUUCUUUGUUUGCAUUCAUCCUUCUUACUAAUAUUCUUGUUUCAGCUCUAAACUAUGAAGAUAUGGCUAUGGCAGUAAAGAAGAUCAACAAACCUCUGAUUGUAGAGAGGGUGCCUAUACAAUUACAAAAAAUACAGAAAGAUCAAUUAAAAAGAAGUGACAAAGAGUCGCAAACUUCGCUGAGAAACCGGACAAAGUUUCCCAAAGAAACUAUUCCCAUUACGGAGACCACAGUUGCUGAUUCUAUGAGAGCAAAUUUUGUGUCCGAAUUUGAAAGGAAACCACACUUUCAUUUUAAUCAACUAAAUUCAGAUGGUUAUAAGGUUGCACUCGCCAUUUAUCAACCAGAAAAUAAGAUAUAUGGAGCACAAGCACGUAUAAACCUAUGGAAUCCAUCGGUCGAGAGGAACAUUAUUGGAUAUAGCACAGCUCGUAUUCGUAUCAUAUCAGGACCAUCAGUAGAUAAUUUUGACGCCAUUGAAGUUGGAUGGCUUGUAAACUCAUCGCUUAAUGGUGAAGAUCAAACUACUAGAUUUUUUGUUUCUUGGACUAAUGAUGCGUAUCGAACAAAACACUACUAUCGUUCAGUUGGAGGUCGUGAGGGAUUUAAGAUUUACGGUGAUGGUAAAGUCCCAGGAGCCCCAUUUGAUCAUGUAUCAACUUAUGGCAGUCACCAAUAUGAUAUGAUCGCGAGUAUCUCGAAGAAUAAAAGGACAAAAAAUUGGUGGCUUGAAGUUGAAGGAAAGAGGGUGGGUUUUUGGCGAAAAGACUUUUUCCCACAUCUGGAAGAUGGGGGUAGUGUUGUGGAUUGGGGUGGCCUCGUAAGCAAAUCCGACAAUAGCAAUAGGCACUCGAGAAUCGAAAUGGGGUCCGGACACUUUCCUACAGAAGGUUAUACAAAAGCAAGUUACUUCGAUGGACUAAAAAUCCGUCUAGAUAAUGACGAUGAAAAUAUUUGGACUUCUCCAGGGAAUAACCUUACAAAAGACGUGACCAAUCCUCAAUGUUACGACAUUGAAAUCUUUUCUGGCAAUGACAAUUUUCCUGGCUUCUAUUAUGGAGGCCCCGGUGACCAUAUUUCAUGCAUUUGA